UGUCAAUUAUGGACUUCGAAAAGGCAGUCUCAGGGUCCAAGGGAGAUUUCGUGUCCGCUACAGAACAAUCAACCCUUGGUUGUCAAAACGACGAGCUCAGGCCCAAAGAUCCCCCAGAUGGCGGUAUUACUGCCUGGCUGCAUCUUCUACUCAUGCACAUUGUCUUUUUCAACACUUGGGGAGUAGCAAAUGGCUAUGGAGCCUUUCAAGAAUACUAUGCCCAAAUCGUCUUCUUCCUAUUCUCCAUCGGCGUCACCGCAGGGCGUCUUACUGAUGCUGGGCACUUUCGAGUCACUUUUGCAUGUGGAGUUUUUCUCCAAUUGCUAGGCAUAUUCAUGACGUCUCUUUGCAAAACUUACUGGCAAAUAUUCUUCGCCCAAGCCAUUUGCCUUGGCAUCGGCAAUGGCUUCUCGUUUUUGCUCAUCAUUGGCCAUUCUCUCCCAGACUUUACGAGCCAUGGGUUUCAUCAUGCUUGCGACUUGCCUUGCUUGCUCUGGUUCAAACCUCGUCUGCCGCCACGCAAGACAGGCCAGAGGACCGAUACAUCUGCCUUUACUGACCUGCCAUUUAUCUUAUUCUCCAUAAGCAUGUUUCUCAAAUUCUGGGGUCUCUACUUUGCGCUUUUCUAUCUACCUGGGCUCAUGAUUCUCAAUGGAGUCGGCAUCAUUGGCCGCACUCUGCCGACUAUUAUUGCCGGCAGAUGUGUUGGCAUGCUCAAUAUGCUUAUUCCAAUGAGCUUUGCCCUCAGCUUCGUGAUGUAUUGCUGGGCAGCGGUAACAUCAACUGCCGGUCUCUAUGUGUUCGCCAUUGUCUACAGGCUGAUUGCAGCAUCGCUACAAGCGCUAUUCCCAGCCGUCUCGACAACCAUGACUCCUGAUCCCAGUAGGACCGGAACCCGUGUUGGAAUGAAUAUGCGUUUCGUAAGCUUCUCGACGCUUACAGGUCCAGCCAUUGGUGGCGCCAUAAUACAGGGACAGAAGGGGGGCUAUUUGGGAGCACAGAUGUUUGCAGCUUCUUGCAUUGUUCUCGGUGCGCUUACGCCUUUAGGAGCAAGAAUUGCAAAGGCCGGAUUCAAGCUCAAAAUAAAGGUACAGUUUGCCACCUUGUGUAUGUACAUUUAG